AUGUGCCUCUGGUCUCCCCAAGUCCAAAGGAGCGAAGGUGGCCAAUGGCCUUCAUUACAGAAAACACGAAAAAAUUCUGGUGCGGUCCGACAUCGAGGCCCUCAGACAGACCAAAGGACUCCUCGACUGGCAGCUCAGCACCAACUUGCCUUCGCGCUUGGGAGCCCACACUCUGACCCCGGCGUGUUGAAACCACGGGUUCAGUCACCGAGGUUUCGGAGCAACCAGUGUAAUCUAGUACGAGGGAUACCUGAACGGGCAAAUCGGGACCAGGUGCCUUCGCUAAUGGGGGCCUUUUGCCAGUCAGUGUCGGCUAGUACGAGGGGUCUUCCGACUAUCGAAUCAAGAUCCAAUUGCGCAAUCCGUGAGAUCGGUUCGCGAGAUUUGGGAACGGCGAUUGAAGUCUUGCUCAAGGACGGUGAUAAACCCGGGAGCAGCUUGUGCAGGCCAGCUGUAGAGCUAGGUAUCACCGUUGCUGUCAAUAUAUGUCUUAAUGGUGCCAUGUAUCCUACUAUCGCCCUUGAGAGCGUCGUGACGGCAUCAGGACAGAGGCCAGGUAUCAAGGCUGCUGAGGAACACGAUGGACAGUUGGUGCUGGAGACCAAACAUAGAUAUGAGGGAACGAGAUUGUUGAGAAAUUGAGGACCAAGCCUCUAAUGAGGCGCAUGGGCAACAUUGAUGCCAAGGAAGA